AUGAUUGUUUUAACUGUGUUGGCUUUGGCGGUGGUGGCAGAGGGAUACCGCCUUGACAGCCCGCCUCCCUCGCCAAUGGGGGUAAAUAUGAUGAAGAAGAUGUGUCUUCAGAACGGUGCAAACUACACCGCGGUUGAGAAUGCAGCUGUACAAUUUGUCAACUGUAUAGAAGUUGACUUUGAAGUGAAAAUGUUUGAAAGUGAAUUAAAAGAGGCCUUUAUGUAUCACAGCUAUAGUGCCUUUAAUAGAGUCUUUCAAAAGUAUUGUCGCAAGACCCCGGAGAUAAAAGCUUGCUAUCAUAAACUGGUGGACGCAGUGGCUCCUUGUUUCGGCGACGGGAAACAAGAUUUGGCAACAAUCUCCGUGAACAUGAACGACCAAAUCUUGGACUACGUGUGCGAAAACGAUGGUUACAUUAUGACAAAAUUCGUCAUGGAGGGUGGUCCACAGUGUUUUCAAGAGAAAACGUAUGAUAUCAUGAUGUGCACCGAAAUGUCUAAGAGCUCGGUUCUAAACAUGGAACAGAGUUCGUCUUUAUCAGUAACUGAAAAUUUUCGUGUAUAUGAUAACCUUCUAAAAUGCAUUCUUCAAAGCGUAGAAACCUGUAACAGUUCUAUAUCUACAAGGAUUGUCAAGAGGGUUGGUGAAAUUGUCAAACAAAGUAUCCUCAAAGAAGUAAACAACGCGACUGCAAGAGUCUCGACAGAGCGGGUGUGGCAUGAAUCAACAACACCACGUACGAACGAUAACUCAACCAAACAAUACUUUUAUAGACCCACAACCUCAACCGAACGAUACUUGUAUAGUCCCACAACUGAACGAUACUUGUAUAGACCCACAACCGAACGAUACUUGUAUAGACCCACAACCUCAACCGAACGAUACUUGUAUAGUCCCACAACCGAACGAUACUUGUAUAGACCCACAACCGAACGAUACUUGUAUAGACCCACAACCGAACAAUACUUGUAUAGACCCACAACCUCAACCGAACGAUACUUGUAUAGUCCCACAACCGAACCAUACUUGUAUAGACCCACAACCACAACCGAACGAGUUUGGCAUAAACCCACAAUUACAACUGAGCAAGUGGGGAAUCAUGUUAAUACAGCUUGGCAGAACGAAAAAGGUGCGCCCACGGACGGCAGUUAUAACACUCAGAUUCAGUUCGGACACAUAGGAACACAUAACAAUAUUGAUCAGGACACGAAGAAUAUCGCAUGUAAUCCUCUGAAGAGGCUCUUCAAAGCAUCAGGAACUUUUAACGUAGCUUUCAAUGCCGACAUCAAUAUUUAA